GAGGUGGAUAUGGUAGAGGGCUGCCAGAUGAACAAUCCUGGGGAGAGGAGGGAUAUGGAAAUCAACAAGGAUAUGGUGAAGAAGGAUAUGGCCAGGAAGGAUAUAAUGAAGGUUACGGUCAGGAAGGCUAUGGGCAAGAAGGCUAUGGGCAAGAGGGCUAUGGACAAGAGGACUAUAAUGAAGAGGGCUAUGGUGAGGAAGGACAGGAAGGUUUUGGUGGAAAAGGAAAAGGCAUUGGCCAACAAGAAGGUUAUGGUGAAGAAACAGAAGAGCCUAUGGCAUUUGGGCAGGAGCUGAAAGAGGGAACAAACUGGGCAGACUUUAGUGAGGAGUACAAUGCUAGAGGUCGCGGCAGGGGCAGGGGUCUAGGUAGGGGAGCUGAUGCCUAUGACACAGGCUAUGACCAAGAGGAAUACCCAGCUAUGAGAGGCAGAGGCCAGCAGCUUGCUCGGGGGAGAGGACAUGGCCAGGAGCCUCUGGGAAGAGGCCGAGGAGCUAAUGGUAGAGGCAGGGGGAUGGCCCCAUACAAACAGGCUUACCAAGAAGAAUCAGCCUGGGGUGAGGAGACUUGGGAAGGAUAUGAAGAAGAGGAACAGCCUGCUGAAGCUUAUGAUGAGUAUGGCUACCAAAUCAGAGGUGGGAUGAGAGGUCGUGGUGGGAUCACUCCCAGGGGUCGUGGCAUACCAGCCCCUAGGGCACGAGGCAGAGGGAGAGGGGUCUAUGGGCAAGGAGAGUACCCAAGAGCUAAACGUGGAGUUAGUGAUAUCCUACAAGGGUAUGGUGAAGAAACCUAUGAGGAAGAAGAAGAGGAGUACCCUGCCUAUGAUGAGCCUAUUGUUCCCAGAGGUAGAGGUCGUGGAAUGGUUAGAGGUAGAGGCAGAGGUGUUGUUCCAUAUGGUCAUGAUGACCCUUAUUCAGAUGAUGCUUAUGCCAACCCAGCUGCCAAGAGAGCUAGAUUUGGAGAGGAACUUCCACCAGUCAGAGGGGGCAGAAGAGUCCCUCCUGCAAGAAAUCUUGAUGAUCCAUAUGCUGAGCCGUAUGCUGACCCUUAUGCUGAUCCAUACGCUGACCCAUAUGCUGAUUCUGCUGUUCCCCGCAGACCAUAUGAAAGACCACCACCUCCAGCAGUAGCAGAGCCAGAGCCAGAAGAGCCUAUCAAGGCCCCAGAAGUUAUUGAAUACGGGCAUGGUCAAUCAGAUACCAAAGAUUCGAAAGAUGGUGUAGAUCCUUUGACAGUUAUUGAGCAGGAAAAAGAAGCAAGGGCUAAAUCUAGAGAUGAUAUGUUUAAGGAUGAUCCUUAUUCUAGAGAUGCAAGAGACCCGUAUGCCCCAGAUCCAUAUGCGGCCAGGGCUGAAGAUCUUGACCCAUAUGCUCCUGAUCCAUACGCAAGAGAUCCCUACGCCAGAGACCCAUAUGCUCGUGACCCAUUUGAAAGACCCUCAGAGAGGGACCCAUUUGCAAGACGUCCUGAGCGAGACCCAUAUGCUAGGGACCCAUAUGGUCUACCUCCAGAAAGAGAUCCGUAUGCUCGACCCCCAGAAAGAGAUCCAUAUGGCCGACCUCCAGAGAGAGAUCCAUAUGGUCAUCCCUCAGAAAGAGACCCAUAUGCGCGACCAGAUCCUUAUGCUAGAGAUAGGGAUCGUGACAGAUCAUUUGAUCGUGACCGAGAGCGAGCAUUUGACCGUGGUGACAGAGAGAGGUCACGUGAUCUAGAUAGGGUUCAGGAACGCUCAUGGGAUCAUGACAGAGAACGUUCAAAAGACAGGGAGAGAAGAGAUAGAGAUGGUUCACGUCGUUCCAGAGAAAGGAGUAGAGAAAAGGAAAGACCUAGAGAGUCCAGAGAAAGGAGCAGAGAGAAGGAACGAUCUAGAGAGUCCAGAGAAUCAUCAAGGGAGCGUGAGAGGAUAAUCCGUGCACGUGACCGUCUCUAUGGACGAGAUCGCACAUCAGGGCAGACUGACAAUAAACCAGAAACUCAGGCUGAGAAGGAGAAACGGUGGGCAAAGGAACGAAGGGAACGUGAACAAAAUAGAGAAGAUCAGCGAAAGAAAGAAUUGGAAGAAAGAAUGGAAAGACGUAAAAAAGAGAGAGAAGCUGAAAAAAUGGACACAAAAACAAAGUAUCCACUCUUCCGACCAAUGUCAACUGGUGAGAUAAAGAAAAAACUAAAAGAUGAUGAUGACAUAAUAGAGAUUCCCCCUGUACCCAAGGGUCCCAUAGACCCUAAGAAAAUUGAAACAGUUAAUAUAGAUGACUUACUAUGUAAACCUGGUAGAGAAGGAAGGCCACAGAAUAUUGUGGUCAUAUUAAGGGGUCUCCCUGGCUCAGGGAAAACAUAUUUGAGUAAGCUUAUGAGGGACAAAGAAAUGGCUAACGGAGGUCAUGCCCCUCGUAUGUUAUGCUUGGAUGACUAUUUCAUGGUUGAGAUAGAGAAGACAGAGAAAGAUCCAGAUACAGGAAAGAAAGUGAAGAAAAGGCUUUUAGAGUAUGAAUAUGAGGCUGAGAUGGAAGACACAUACAGGAAAAGUUUAUUUAAAAGUUUCAAGAAGAAUAUUGACGAUGGCUUCUUCCCAUUCAUCAUCCUGGAUGCAGUUAAUGAGCAAACUGCCCAUUAUUCAGACUUUUGGCAGUAUGCUAAGUCUAAAGGAUUCCAGGUGUAUAUAGCAGAGUUACAGUCUGAAACAGCUGUUUGUGCCAAGAGGAACACUCACAAUAGAAAACUAUCUGAACUUGAUAAGAUAUCAGAAGGAUGGGAAGAAACCCCUUCCCACUACAUCAGACUUGAUAUCAGGAACAUGUUACAAGAGGCCUCUAUUACAGAUGUUGAGAUGGAGGACCAGACAGAUGAUCCAGUACCUGAGAAAAAAGCUGACAAAGAGGAUGAAAGCCAAGAUGUGGGAUACAAGAAGAGCAAAUGGGAGCUUGACACUUCAGAAGCUCAGCUUGACAAGCUGGACGGAGUGACAAAGAAGAAGGAACACAAGGACCAGCCACAGAGGAUGGAGGACUUCCUGCAGUUACCUGAUGACUACAACACUAGGAAAUCACAACCGGGAAAGAAAAGGGUCCGCUGGGCUGAUAUAGAGGAACAGCAUGCUCAGAAACGAGAACGCAACUUGGGCUUUGUUGUUGGUCAGACCAACUGGGACCGCAUGAUGGAUGACAACUAUGCCAGUAAAGCUCUGAAUAGAACUAAGUACUUUUGAGACUUGUACCACAAGAUGGAUCAUGACUAGCAAUAGGAAAACACCAGUGAAUGAUG